CACCCUUGUAAGUAGCUUUCUAGCUACACACAGUCAGUACUCAGCAAGUCGUCGAAAUGGCUGCAUUUCUGCGAUCCCUCAAAUUUCCACGUUGUGUUGUCCGUUUUUCUGACCGUGAUCUGUAGACCCUCACCUGAAAACGUUGACGGACAACAGAAGAGCUUUCAGAUAAGCCAUAAUGGUAGCUCAAUGUCGUUUGUUAUGAGGCUAAUCCUUGCGCACGGCUACUUGUUAUCGAGCUAGCUAGCUGGCUAGCAAGUAUGGUCACUCACGCCUACUGCUGGUGGUUGCAUGACGUGUCUCCUAGUCGUAAACAUGAAUGAUACGAACUAGCGGUAGUUAAUGUAUUGUUACAUUAAAAAUGACCAGCUGUCAAAAGAUGAAUAGACAAGCUAACUGUCUGAAAAGUAAAUCCUGGCAAUGUGGCAUGCUAAACCAUGCUUGCUUCUUGUUCGUCACACGUCACUUGUUUAGGUAACGUCAAGUAGCUAAGUUAGUGCCUUGCUGGGCAGAGGAAAAAGUCAAUGCAGUUAGUCUCCAGUUAGCUAGCUAUGUGGUGCCACAUUUGUUUGACUACUAGGAGCUAGCUAGCGAUGUGUUCUAGUUAACGUGUGCACAUUUUGUAUACUCACACCUCAAAGUAACCUCAACCAUGAUCACGACGACCUUCUUUGAAUAUUUGUUGGGCUUGUCUAUCUGUCAAACCACAUCACUUCCAUAAACAAAGCUUGUAUUUGGUUAAUGACUUACAAAUAUUUGCAGAUGAUUUAAACCCUAUUUGUUAGACAGCCAAACAGUCCAUGUUUGUGAUUCUCUGCCGUGUUUAGGCCUAGUUAUUUUAACAAAACUAUAUUGUUGUUUUCUGCCCAGGCUGAAAGCAUUAUCAAUUCUCUUGGCAUUGUAGAAGAUCAAGAUGGAGAGAAUGAAAGUACUGAUGACGAAAACCUCCACGUAAGAUGACCUGUUUGACACGAGAUACAAAGACUACACAAUUAUUAUGUCUCAGGAUUGCUCUGAGUGAUAAUUAAGACUUUAAAUGUAGAGAUCCAUAUUGAAAAAAAUGAUAGCAGACUUAUACCCUGUUAUGAUUAACAAAGCUUAUGAGAUGGAGUGUUGUAGUUUAUGCUUUGUCAUUUUGUGUGUGUACACAUUAGUCUUAAAGGCACCAGGUGUAUUUUUUGUUUGCUGAAGAUUAUGAUCACUUUCGCAGAAAAUGUAAGUUUUUAUAUGCAGAAGUGCCAUAUUAUAUUGGCUGCCUUUCACUUACACAUAGGGGAGGAAUCAGAAAGAUCAGUACUGGAUUUCUUUGUGUUUUGGUUGUUCUCAGUCAAAAAAAUGAUCAGAGCCAGUCUUAACUUGCCGGACUGCCAUAAAUUGUCUGUCUUUCACUUAAACAAUGGGCAGAAACUUGUUUUCAACUGCCCACUGGGGUAACCUCAGAGAAGGCUAAACUUACAGUUUACUUGACCCAGGCAAUAAGAAAACGCUUCAUGUCAAUCCCUUGUACAUCAUUGUCCAUGCGUCUAGGUGGAGCUCAACGUGUUCAGGGCCCAGUGGAUGUCUGAACUGAAGCCCAACUCUGGGUCCAAUGGGGGGAACAGAGGAAUGUCGUCGCGAGCUGCAGACCUGAGAAGAAAACAGGAACUGGCCCGGGAGGAAAAAGUCAGCUGUUUUGUUACAGCCAUUUAGAAUAGUGUCAUUUAGAAUAGUAGUUUUACACCAGAUUUGACUGCAUGCUAUUGUCAUCUUCACCAUCGUUGCCAACUUUUGUUUCUUUGUCUUAGGCCAGAGAGUUGUUCCUUAAAGCUGUUGAGGAAGAAGAGAAUGGAGCUGUUUAUGAAGGUAUGUAUGUCUGAGAGACAAGUUGGGCAAAGCAAAAUGGCACUCACUGUUGAAAAUGAGUAUUUUGUCUCAGUAUAGUUAAAAUGAUGGACCUUUAAAGGGAUAGUUCACCCAAAUUACAAAAUGACGCAUUGGUUUAUGGACAAGGUAUGAUGGCAAUCCAUGCUUUAGUUUAGUUUACCUGGCACCGUUUCCUAAUGCUUUUGCAUUUGUGGCAAAAAUCUCAUUCAAGUCAUGGUAUCGAUAUUUGUUUUGUGUGCAUUAUGUCUAAAUCAUCCAAAAGUAUCUAAAAUUGAUUGUGAAGCUCAACAAAGUCACUUAUCAAUGAUUAGAAAAUGAUGCGGCAACAAAAUGCUAAUAUCGGUACCAUGACUUGAAUGGGAUUCUUGUGUGACUGUAGUUGGGAUUGGGAAUAAUGGUUUUACACAGCUGAACCUUUUUCCCUCCCUAAUUUACAGCAAUAAAAUACUAUCGCAGGGCAAUGCAGAUUGUGCCUGACAUUGAGUUUAAAAUCAACUACAGUCGUUCCCCUGAUCCAGAUGGCGGGUAAGUCUUUUUUUCCGUAAUACUUUGGUAUACUUUGGCAGUCAGUAACACUACAAUGAAUACCUUACACACAAAGUGUGUGCCAUCUGAACUCAUUGUCACUCUUUUCCAUACACGUCCUACCAUGUGAGUGAAACUUCCUAUCUGUUUCCUAGCAAUGAGAAUGACAUGGAUGGUGAAAUAGAGGAUCUAUUGGCCUACUUCCAUCAGCAGCUCACUCUGCAAGACACCUCUCUGAAGAUAUGUGUUCCUGAGGUGGAGAUGACUCAGAUGCACAUCUCAGGUAGGUAGAGCUUAUGCAAUAAUAAUUAUGCCAUUUAGCAGACGAUUUUAUCCAAAGUGACUUAGUCAUGCGUGCAUAAAGUUUACGUAUUGGUGGUCCCGGGAAUUGAACCCACUAUCCUGGCAUUACAAGUGCCGUGCUCUACCAACUGAGCUACAAAGGACCAUCGCAAUUCAUGUCCUAGACAGAAAAAAUGAAUAACAUGUCAAAAGUUAUGUUGGCAACUCUCAUAUGCUCCCACAGUGGUUUAUUAAGACGCUCAUACACACUGUUUCCAUCCCACUGGGAUCUUGGUCAGGAUCGAAAUGUCUCAAUAAACCACUGUCUGGGAGCAUAUCAGAUUGGCAGUACUCUUAUUAUUAUACUGGAUUUUCGAUCUGGUUAUUUUGUCAGUCGGUUCCUUUGGGUUUCUGUCCACAGCCCUGCCCCCAGAGGUCUUGAUGUACAUCUUCCGUUGGGUUGUGUCCAGUGAUCUGGACCUGCGCACCCUGGAGCAGCUCUCCCUAGUCUGUAGAGGCUUCUAUAUUUGUGCUAGGUCAGACUAUACACUUUACAAAUCCAAAAUAUUGUAAAUAUAUUUUCCAUGAACAUGGCUUGUAUUAAUUUUAAUUCAUGCCAGUAGUUCCUUAACUUUUUAGUGCUGUGAAACACUGGUCCAUACACUGGAUCAAAACAGGCUUCUGAAUGAUGUAUUGGUUUUUCAAAUGAAACUGAGAUUGUUAUUUCCCCUCGGUGUUGAUUUCUCCUCAGGGACCCAGAGAUUUGGCGUUCGGCCUGUCUGAGAGUGUGGGGCCGGAGCUGUACCAAACUGGUGCCCUUCAACUCCUGGAGGGAGAUGUUUCUUGAGAGGCCACGUGUGCGCUUUGAUGGUAAACAUUAAGGAACAUUAAUUAUUUAUCAUCCUUAGAGAAAGAAAAACCCUUCUAAGAUAAGUGGGGUUGUUUCAUAGACUACUCUAUUUCCUCAAUACCAAUGCACAAUUGGCAUGUCUAGCAUAAGUUGCAUAGCUAAAACUAGAUUGGGUCCAUCUUAUCAGAUGGUUGUUAUGUUUGGUGAAUUCAAUCUGUGGUUUUCAAUGUUGAUUUUGCAGGUGUUUACAUCAGCAAGACGGCAUACAUCCGUCAGGGAGAGGAGUCCCUUGAUGGAUUCUAUAGGGCUUGGCACCAGGUGGAGUACUACAGGUAGGGGCUGCAGUCAGUCACUGGUUUCCUUGUUGUGAUAUGCUAAUGAUCAUACAGUGGGGAAAAAAAGUAUUUAGUCAGCCACCAAUUGUGCAAGUUCUCCCACUUAAAAAGAUGAUAGAGGCCUGUAAUUUUCAUCAUAGUUACACGUCAACUAUGUCAGACAAAUGAGAUAAAUAAAAUCCAGAAAAUCACAUUGUAGGAUUUUUAAUGAAUUUAUUUGCAAAUUAUGGUGGAAAAUAAGUAUUUGGUCAAUAACAAAAGUUUCUCAAUACUUUGUUAUAUACCCUUUGUUGGCAAUGACACAGGUCAAACGUUUUCUGUAAGUAUUCACAAGGUUUUCACACACUGUUGCUGGUAUUUUGGCCCAUUCCUCCUUGCAGAUCUCCUCUAGAGCAGUGAUGUUUUGGGGCUGUCGCUGGGCAACACAGACUUUCAACGCCCUCCAAAGAUUUUCUAUGGGGUUGAGAUCUGGAGACUGGUUAGGCCACUCCAGGACCUUGAAAUGCUUCUUACGAAGCCACUCCUUCGUUGCCCAGGUGGUGUGUUUGGGAUCAUUGUCAUGCUGAAAGACCCAGCCACGUUUCAUCUUUUCACUCAAAAUCUCACGAUACAUGGCCCCAUUCAUUCUUUCCUUUACACGGAUCAGUCGUCCUGGUCCCUUUUCAGAAAAACAUCCCCAAACAUGAUGUUUCCACCCCCAUGCUUCACAGUAGGUAUGGUGUUCUUUGGAUGCAACUCAGCAUUCUUUGUCCUCCAAACACGACGAGUUGAGUUUUUACCAAAAAGUUAUAUUUUGGUUUCAUCUGACCAUAUGAUAUUCUCCCAAUCCUCUUCUGGAUCAUCCAAAUGCACUCUAGCAAACUUCAGACGGGCCUGGACAUGUACUGGCUUAAGCAGGGGGACACGUCUUGCACUGCAGGAUUUGAGUCCCUGGCGGCGUAGUGUGUUACUGAUGGUAGGCUUUGUUACUUUGGUCCCAGCUCUCUGCAGGUCAUUCACUAGGUCCCCCUGUGUGGUUCUGGGAUUUUUGCUCACCGUUCUUGUGAUCAUUUUGACCUCACAGGGUGAGAUCUUGCGUGGAGCCCCAGAUCGAGGGAGAUUAUCAGUGGUCUUGUAUGUCUUCCAUUUCCUAAUAAUUGCUCCCACAGUUGAUUUCUUCAAACCAAGCUGCCCAGCCUGGUGCAGGUCUACAAUUUUGUUUCUGGUGUCCUUUGACAGCUCUUUGGUCUUGGCCAUAGUGUAGUUUGGAGUGUGACUGUUUGAGGUUGUGGACAGGUGUCUUUUAUACUGAUAACAAGUUCAAACAGGUGCCAUUAAUAUAGGUAACGAGUGGAGGACAGAGGAGCCUCUUAAAGAAGAAGUUACAGGUCUGUGAGAGCCAGAAAUCUUGCUUGUUUGUAGGUGACCAAAUACUCAUUUUCCACCAUAAUUUGCAAAUAAAUUCAUUAAAAAUCCUACAAUGUGAUUUUCUGGAUUUUUUUUCCUCAAUUUGUCUGUCAUAGUUGACGUGUACCUAUGAUGAAAAUUACAGGCCUCUCAUCUUUUUAAGUGGGAGAACUUGCACAAUUGGUGGCUGACUAAAUACUUUUUUUCCCCACUGUACAGUCAGACAAGACUACUGUUUGUGUCCCCAGAUAUCUGCGUUUCUUCCCUGAUGGCCAAGUCAUGAUGCUGACCACACCUGAGGACCCACUGGUCACUGUUCCCCGUCUACGUAGCAAGAACACCAGGUAUUUAGAACACAACAUACACUGGCAUUCAAGUCUGGAGUAACACAUUUGAGGGGAAUAAUAUAUAUAUUUUUUUGUCACAACGGUUUGAUUUUGUAAGAUUAAUGGCUUUCAAUUUCCAUUUACACAGGGUGGAGUCCAUUAUGUGUGGUCUUUACCGUCUGUCGCAGGACACAGACAAUCAAACCAAAGUCUUUGUUGUCGUCUCUAAGAGAAAAGAAGAGGUGAGUGAGAAAAGUUGACAGGGAUGAUUUGAUGUGGGAAGGUAUUUGUAUAUUUUCCAUUACUGUUUAUAACUUAAACCCAACAAGAUGGGCUGUUUCCUCACACAUUAACUGGGUCAACUGGUGCAGUGCAGGACACAGAAUACAAGGAGAAAAUUACAAAUUAACACUUCGGACUUCUUAGACUUGUGUCAUUGUCCACAGAUGAUUGAAGAGUGCUUUAGCUGUCCAGUUCUGAUUCCCUGUAUGUGUUCUCUUGACAGAAGGUGGCAGAGUACCAGAGAAUCUCUCGGUUCUGCCGGCGGAACCCAGCGGCGCCCGAGACGGAGCACAGUUUUCACGUGGGACUGCAGUUGUCCUCCGGGGGGCGCCAGAGCUUCAACAAGCUGAAUUGGAUCCACCAUUCCUGCCACAUCACCUACAGGUAAUACACUGGGUAGCCAGGGUUUUGAUUUGACAGCAUUCAAUCUAUGAAUGUCAUUGCACGAGAUAAUAGUGAUUGGGAACAUAAAAUGUGAAAUUAAUGUUUACUUCUUUGAAGAUCCACCGGAGAGACAGUUGUCACUGCCUUUGACUUGGACCAGAUGUAUGCAUCUUUCUACUUUGCACGUGUGAAGAGCUACACAGCGUUUUCUGAACGCCCAUUGUAGGGCAGCCGACAGAAGAGAUACAUGUCACUACUGAAGUAGCAACCACCCAGAAGUUUACACAACACCUAGACUAAAUGCAUAUCUAUCUUCCUGUUGGCUUGUGGUUGAUAUUAUGGUUUUUAAUGAAUGUAUGUAUACCAAUCAAUUUGCAUCUGCUUCUAAUCUUAUGGUGUGUGUGUGCCACAUAGCCAUUGUGUUUUUGCUGUCACAAAACAAAAAUCCUUCUACUGGUUUUUCUUUUAGAUACUGGAUAGAUGUCCAGUAUGAUGACAUAGAAUGGCAUUAGUAGGACGUUUUUCACCUGUUCCCAACAAUUAAUGUUUUCACAUCAUUUUUGUUAAUUCACUAGUAAGCUGUUUUCUCCCAUCUGGUAAAUCAACUGGAAUAAAGAAAUGUGGGAACCA